CACACGCACACAGCAGGCUGUGAGCUGAGAGCAGGAAUGGUAGCAGAGGAGAUUGUGGUGUCCCUCUCAGGAGGAGCUCCGUGGGGUUUCAGACUCCAGGGAGGAGCUGAGCAGCAAAAACCUCUACAGGUGGCCAAGGUACGCAGGCGCAGCAAAGCAUGCCGAGCCGGACUGAAGGAACACGAUGAGCUGGUGGCCAUUGAUGAUCGUGCAUGUGCAGAGCUCAGUCAUGCUGAGGCCAUGAGCCUCAUAGACAAACAGAGCAACACACUACAUCUAAAGGUCAAAAGGGCCCCUUCUGGCUUCCAGUGCUCAUCUUACUCUGGUUGCUCUGCAUCCCCCCACUCCUCCAUGAGGGUCUUAUCUCCUCCUGAAGACCUCUUGAACUCCAACAGUUUCUCCAUCCUCUCCUCUGUCAAGAUACCCCAGGGCAUUACCUCCCCUCCAGAUAGUGAGGCUUAUUAUGGAGAAACAGACAGUGAUGCAGACACACAUUCACGCACGCACCGCCGCCAACGUCGCACACCUCCUCACGCACGCUCACCUUCACGCUACGACAGACAAGAAGAGGAGGAGACCUCAGAGAUGAGCGGGUAUGAGAGUGCCACAGAUGCAGGCGUAACUUCACAGGGGAUGUGGGAUGGUCAGUGCGCUGUUGGUGUUCCUCGAAGAGAGCUCAUCUACCAGCCUCACCAGACAGAGUGGACCACUCCUACACACACCCCCCACACGCUGACCCCUCACAUGAUCACCCCGACCCCUGAUCAGGGGUUGGUGGAAGCAGAAGGAGAAGGGGACAGUGGCUUCCAGGAGGCAGGGGGCUGCACUGGGCUGGCCUGCCCGCCCCUAGUGUCUCCAGAACGGGCAAAAGAGGCUCUGAUGUUGGGGUCUGGGAAACACCUGGUGCCUAUGGUGGGACCACAGCAGAUGCCUGUAAGUGAUGAACUCUCCACCACCUACAUGGAGAAAGCACGGCAAGCCAAGUUACAGCGUGGGGAGAGUUUGGUGGAAAAACAGGUGAAAGAAGCUCGUACUAAAUGCCGCUCUAUUGCAUCACUGCUCACUGAUGCGCCCAACCCCAACUCGAAAGGGGUGCUUAUGUUCAAGAAACGCCGACAGAGAGCCAAGAAGUACACACUCACGUGCUUUGGCAAAGCUGAAGGAGAUAGAGGAGGGGACACAGAAGGGGAGACAGGAGGAGAGACCGAGGAAGAAGGAGGAAGUUGCAUCUUAAGUGGCUCAGAAGUUGAGGAAGAGGGAUUCUCUGAAUCAUUUGACUCUACGUGGGACACUGGUUAUUUGGACCUGCUGGAUAGAAGGAGCUCUGCCUGUCCAUCAACCACACCAACUUCUCCAACAACCAAUCAGGGCACAGAACUGGACAUCUCAUCACAUCAGACCCCGGGACUUGUGACAUCUGCAAAUCAAAUCCCAGGGUUGGAGGGAUCAUUGCUGGAGAGCUCAGCCUAUCAAGAUUCAAAGCUGGAGAGUAACUUCACAAAACAACCAAGCAGCAACCACCCCCCUUCACACAUGUCUCCUCCAGCUGUGGUUCUGCCCAAUGGGGGACCAGCAGCUAUCAGUCGGGCUAGUGUUGUACUGAGCAUGCCCUCUCAGACACCCCUCCAAACUCAAAAUGGCAACCCUGAUCCUAUUCCUAAUCAUAGUCCCAACCCCAUCAUAGACUCACACAGUAACACCAACUUCAGUCCUAACCCUGCAGUUCUGAACCGUACUGCACGGCCAUUCAACUCUGGCUCCGCCCCUUCUCGUGCAUCUGUAACGUCUGUAAUGUUCCGGCCUCCUCAACCCAAACCCACGCCCAUAACAAUGGUGUCCAAACCUGUGGCCGCUGUCUCCACAAUGAAUAUCCCAACUUCUCACCCUCCAUCAGAUGCAAGGAGAGCAGUGUCUAGCACCUCUUUGUAUAUCCCUCCAAGAAAUAACACCAGCAACACUUCGCCCUCUGUUAACUCUCUCCCAUCCACUCUCUCACCUCCCUCCUCUCUGGCUUCUGCAUCGCUCUCUCAACCUCCUGCGCACAUAUUUUCUCCACAGCCUGCAGUGCAUGCUCCCCCUUCCACCCCAUUUUCUCCCUCUGCAGGCUCGCUGUCAUGUGCCUCACCUGCUCAAACCUUCUCCCCUCCAGCUCCACCAUCAUACCUCUCUCCCCCUGCUUCUGCUAAUCAACCCCCCUCCAAAUGCUUUGCAGCUCCUCCCAUCUCCCCACCACACCCCCCUGAUUUUAAUCAGACCUCUUUCCCUGCCCAACCCACCCCACCUCCUCUUCACCCUGCAACCCAACCUCCUCCAUGUUCAUCUGCCCAUACCUACAAUAACAUGACUGAUGCUGCAUCACCUGUCCAGGCUCCUGUCGCUGAUUCUCUGGUGACACGUGAGCAACGCAUUUCAGUCCCAGCAGCUCGCACUGGCAUACUGCAAGAUGCACGUCGUCGUAGCAACAAGAAGCCAAUGUUCUGUGCAGUCCAGAACAGAGAUGUCUCUCCAAACCCGGACUUGCUGUCAAUGGUCCAGAAUAUGGAUGACCGCUUUGGGAGAACCCCGGGUGGUGAAUCUGGAGUCACACCCAGUGGGGAGGCUGGGCAUGAAUCAGGCCCUGAAGAGGACUGGCUGAGGCUGGGGGCAGAGGCUUGCAACUUUAUGCAAGCUCAGCGUGGAUCGAGACCACCCCCUGUAGCCCCCAAACCACAGGCCCCUCAGGUGCCACAGCUGGCGGGGAAAGGAGGUCAGCUGUUUGCUCGCAGACAGAACAGGAUGGAUCGGUACAUUGUAGAACGAUCUCCAUCUGCUGCUGCAGCCCCUUACUCACCUGCCCAGACAAGGGAGCCCUCACCCACACCUUCCCUCCCUUCCACUUGGAAGUACUCAUCCAACAUCCGCGCUCCACCUCCCAUCAACUACAACCCUCUCCUUUCUCCAUCUUGCCCUCCUAAGGCACAGAAGAAACCUGAGGUCACGAUGCCUAGGACGGCUGGACCUAAAGGGCACAAAGCCGGCAUGAAGCCUGUGGAUGUCAUGAGCCACCAGCCCUACCAGCUCAACUCUUCUUUGUUCAGCUAUGGAGGUGGGGCUCCACAAGAGACCUCCACCCAUCAACAGCAAAGAGGAAUAACAGGCGGUCCUAAGAAAACAGCACGAGUCUGUGAAGUCAAGCGCUUCUCUACACCCCCACCAACAGCCACAGGGCCCCCCCUCAAAGUUAUCGUACCUAGAUCAGCUACGACACUUGGGGAACCCCUGCGGCGCUCUGAUGUCAUGUCUCCUCCACCCAGUGAAGGUGUCAAAGCCUUCCAAUGCUAUUCACCUCCGUCCCAUCCUUACCAGGCUCAAUGGGCCACCUCCCCUCUGUCUCCCCCACCGCCUCCCGCACCUACAGGCCCACUCCCUCAGCUACCUACCUUCUCCUCUGCUCUUGCUUCACCUCCUGCUUUUUCCCACUCCCAGCCCCCCAGUGCUCCACCGGAUAACAGGCAGUUUAAGAGUGCCCCAAAUCUAAGUCCCCUAGGCCCUGCUCAUCCCCCUCAGCAGGGCUCCAGCUGCACUCAACCCAGCAGGGUUCCAAGGCCGAGGUUCAGCACUUCCAACCUGGGUCUGCAGCCUUGUGUCUGGCGUCCCAGUUCCACCACACACUGAAUAGAUACUGGACUGGACAAAAUGAAUAAGAGCUCUAUAGGAACACAGAGCAAUAUUUUUUUAAACAUGCAUUUUUAGUGUCGUUUUUUUAAGGCUGCAGUUAGGGGCUUUACAGACAUAUGAUUUAUCACAAGAUCUGCUUGGAUUGGCCACACUUGUAGAAACGUUUAUCGUUUAAUUUCCUUGACUUUAUUUAACUAUUUGGUUGUACAGUAAAUACAAGAAACUGUGUUCUGUGUGGGAACAUGCGGAAGGUUGAAGAAAUGGAAAUCAACUGCAGGCUAAAAAGGUAGAAAGAAAACUGAAAGAAAACCGAAAUAAGUUCUGUAAAUUGAAACAUGAAGAACAGAAGAAUAGAGGACGUGCGAUGUAAAACUGUUGUGACAGAAAUGUUGAGAAGGAUGGCAAAAAGAUGAAAAGGGAAACACAGGAGGCGCAGAAUGACGUGACACAGUAGAAAUGAGGCCUGAUGUGUGUCAAAAGUGCAGCUUUGACUUAUGACUUCACUCUGUGAACAUACCUGUUGCUCUCCUAUUAGAAAAGCUGCUUUACAGUAGCUGCUUUUACUCUCUCUGAUAAAAAAAAAUAUUCUUGUAUUUGUGUUCAGUGAGUGUUGUUGUAGUUUCGCUGUGCGGCAGCGCGUGUGCUUUGUUUGCUGUAGUUUUCCAGGGAAAUGCUUUUUCCAGUAGAUUUGAUUUCCCAGUUCAUCACUUGACAUGAAACAAGAGAGUGAUAACAUGUCUGUUUAGCUGUGAUUCUUUUCCACAGAGACAUGCGGCUGAAUAAAAAUAGACGUGACUCACCUCAGCUGUCAUUCGGUUUCUCCCUGUGUCACUUGCGACACCACCCACACCCACACUGAAGCCCUGUCUCUCCUCCUCCCAUUCGUCUUUUUCUCCCAUUUUCUAUCUUUGUGUGAGCGUUUAUCGAACCUUCCAAUAGUUCAAAUAUUCUCCCAGGAUUCAGGCAGUUUUGACAUCAGCUACUGAAACAUUAGUGCUGGCAUUAAGAAAGUGGUUUCAAAAGUAGUUUAAACUUUCACCACAGGGGGGCACAGUAGGAUUUGUCAUCCAAACAUGUUUCACUACAACAGUUUCUGCUCUUCUGCCUUGUCUCAGAUUUUACUGUUCAUUGGUAAAAUUAGACUCCCUUAUUUUUUUAAUAUAAUAUAUAUAAUAUACAGAAUAUUUAGUAAACUGACUAACUAAGAAGAGGACAUGCAUUCCUUUUUAACUUUUUAACUAAUAAUUUCUGCUUCAGUGAUUGACGCUGUAUUUGAUAAUGUCCAUGUUGUUUUGAGAGCAAGUGUCUUUCUGACAGCCUCCUGAUGGCCUUGGAGCUGUGAAACCCAGCCAUGGCCAUAGAAAGGGAUCCAACCUUUAACCCUUGACUGGGAUCGGUUGACAGACAGGGCUAACUUUAGCUGUAAACUUUAGUCCUCUUCAGGUCCAAAGGUAAGUUUAGCUGCCAUGUGGAAGGGAAAACAUACAUACACAUAAAAUCCUCCCAGUGCCUAUUAUUUUUUCUACAUACUAAGUAAGUGGCUAAUUUAAUGCAGUUUUAAAUUUGGAUUUAAAACUGCAUAAAAGCUACAGCUGCACCUAUAUUAUUACUCAAGUAUCCUUUUCCCAAAUAAUUUCUACAAUUCUCUCUUUUGGUCCCCAUCCUCCUCCCCGUUAAUUCCUCUCUUGCUCAGUGGCACGCAUGCACGCACAGAGCCCAUUUCACCUAUUUUUGGAGCCGUUAAUCUCCAGUUAUUUGGCCCAGUGCCCCACUCUUAAUUCCGACGUCUUUUUUACAAUGUGAUUGAGAGAGGAGGGGAAGUGCUACCUCAUACAUCCAGUCUCUUCUUGUUGCUCUGCCAAAGAGGCUGUUCUCUCACGCCAUUUUCGUGGGGAGUGAGCAGAGUGAAGCAUUUAAGGUCAAGGGUUCACGCUUAAGGGGCAUUCUGGACAGACUGUUGGCUUUUUCAAAUUUGGAUCAUUCAUUUUUGGGUUAUUUAAAAAUAAACACUCUUCCUUCAUUGUCUUUUUUUUUUACCUGAACAAAACUCAGUGACAGAACACUAAAGUACAGAGCUUUGAUAGUCUUGUAUCUAUGCAACAAUAAUGACUUCACUUGUUGAAUACAAAAAGCUGAGGAUGAUGCAGGUGUAACUUCUGCCAGGCACAAACAAUGCUUGGAGCUGCUGCUCACUCUCAAAGGUUUGCGAGGUGAAGUGUAAAUGCCUAUCAGAGGGGGAGUGAAAGAUAUAAAUAAGAGCAUAAACGCCCUCAGGCACACGCACUUCAGCAAACCUUGUUCUAUUCUCUCGUGUUUAUUAUCAAAAGCCCUCAUUCACCUGAAGUCAAAAGAGGCUGGAGAAAUUCAUAGAU